UUCGAUAAUCCACAAAUGGCAUACAGUACAAUCUAGCAUCCUUGAAGAUUUUCCAAUGAAACUGGGUACCCAUAUAAAACCAUGAACAAUUCCUCAAAUUAUAAAUGCUCAAAGUGCUCGAGGGCUUAACAUAGAAAGCAUCAUAACAACAAUGAAAUUCCAAUCAUUACUUUCAAUCGCUGCUGUUUUAGCCUCAGCAAGUGCUAAAAAGAUCUUUAUCGAUAACGAUGGUUUAGCACCAUUGCAAUUGUUGUUCCCAAUCGCUGCUGGUCACGAAGUUUUGGGUCUAUCAACUUCAUUCGGUUCUGCUUCACUGGUUGAUGGUGCUGGUCAAGCGUAUGAUAUCUUGAACACAUACAAUCUAUCUUCAUGUGUCCCACAUUAUAUCGGUGCUCAACAACCUUUAUUGAGAACUUAUGAAACUUUCCAUGCUUGGGAAGAUUUAUUUGGAGCCUUGGUUUGGCAAGGGGCUUAUGACCCACAUUAUAAAGAUUCAUACUCUUGGGAAAACAUCACUUAUAAUGAUACAUUAGCUGGUGCAAUUGCCUUGAUUGAUGCUGUUAAAUCAAACAAAGAUACUGAUCCAGUUAUUGUUUAUGCUGCUGGUAUGAUGACAACUGUUGCUCAAGCUUUAAGUAUCUAUCCAGAUUUGGCUAAAGAUGCUCAAGGUUUAUACAUUAUGGGUGGUUACUUUGAUAAUCAAUAUGCUCAAACUAUUGGUGAUUCUAUCACCAUUGAUAUCAACACCGAUAUUAACUUGAUUCAAGAUCCUGAAGCUGCACAAAUCGUCUUAACUGCUGAUUGGGAUGAAAUUGUCAUUGGUGGUAACGUUACCAACUAUUUGGUUCCAUCUCAAAAACUAUACGAUAUCCUUGAAGAAAAAGCAGGUGGUCUUGAUGUUAUUAGAUCAAACCCAUACUUUGCCCAAGUCUCAAAAUUAUUAGCUACUGGUAACUACUCACAAAAUAAUGAUCAAGAAACUUUACCAUUUUGGGAUGAAGUUGUCUCUGCUUACAUGUCAUGGCCAGAAUUGAUCUUAGAAACUACCAAUGCCUCUGUUGCUGUUGAUACUAGUUUCUACUCCCCAUUCUAUGGUUCAUUAAGAAUGUGGAAUCCAGAAUGGGCUCCAAAAAGUGGUUACAAGAUUGCCAAUGCUACAAUCAUUGACAAAAUCGAUGACGAAAAAUUUUACGGUUUAUUGAUUGAUACUUUCUUUAAAAACUGGACUCAAUACUGUGAAGUUGAUGGUGCUGUUCCAUUGAUUUUAUAACCAGUUUAAUCAACCAAUCGUCACAUCAAAUAUGUUCAAACUUCUCAUUUCACACUUCAAUUACGUUGAACUCAUUGAGGAUCAGUCAACUUCAACUGGUCCUAACCCUUUUUAACUUAAACUCACGAUUA